AUGCCAAAGUCGCGUUCAUCUGGAUUGCCGCGUCCAGAGCCGUCCUCCAGCGACAGCUCCACGCCGAAACCAACAAACGCAAGUGUCGCAUCCGAAAACACAGUGUUUGGGCCGGCCAUCGCGACCUACGGGCGCCCCAAGGCUGUGUUGUUGCCGGCUCGUUUUGGCGCGAAAGGAUUCGAUGUUUCACAGCCAGCCCGUUCAUUCACAGACGGCUCCACGGCAGCGCGGUCUGCAACUUCUGAAAGUCAAAACGUUCAAGAUGACGCAUCGGCUGCUGCACUGGGUGCCCAUCGGAGUGGCACUCAAGUCCACGGCGCUGCAGAAACGCACACGCAGGCUGCUGCAGGAGGGUCGACUCAGACUCAGCCUCACUCCGGGACCACAGGACCGAGGCCGCAGCUGCGGUACGCGAUGGCAAACUUGGACAACCGUUCCAAGCAGGCAAUGACGCUUCCAGCGUUUGCCCGAAUGGCAUCCAAGCUCCCGCCAGGCAAGCUCGCAACCACGGUGUCCAGUAAGCCCGAGGCUGCGAGCGCGGCGUCUUCUUCUGGAGGCAGGCGUCGUCGCAGCAGCAUGGUCGUGUUUGACGAGUCUCAAUCGCCGACUCAACAAGUCGCAGCGGCUGCAGCAGUCAUGAGCACGCUUGCAUCAAACAACAUGGCUCAAGCGUUCACGCCUGGAGGGCACAGGAUCGAGGGCAACCUUCCGAUCUCGCAGUCGCCUCUCCACCACCUCUCGUCAAGCCUGGAGAGCUCUGCCCUUGCCGGAAUCGCAAGCGAUCUGCCUGCAACGGCAGCAAUUCCGUCGAGUGUCCAAGGUCAACGCGGAUUGGGGUCUUCAGCCAUCCUGCGUAGCGUCAAACUGGCAGGUCGCCGCGCACCACACGCCGCAGACCCACUGGAAAGCGGCUCGACACCUUCUUCCAGCGCUGAGCCUGACGGAGCUCUUGAGCGUUUGCGGCUUGCUGCCAAGCGCACAUGGGAGGCUCCCGAAACGGCGAAUGCAAAGAACCCGUUGGAGACCGAGAAUCAACGCGGCCAUGCUGCCACCAGUUCCUCCUCUCCCAGCGGAUCGCCCACUGUUGCAUCGACCAACAAACGAGUCAGGUUUGCUGUGCCGGAGCAGAUUCCGUCAAAAACAUUCGAAACGCAUUCGAAUGCAUUGACAUCAGAGCCACAACAAGCGAACUUGUUUGCGGACGCCAGCGCGUUCAUUCAAGAGGGCGAACCACGUCCGAUCUUCCUUUCACCAGUCCCCGCAGCGCAUGCUCGUCCUCGAAAGUCUUCCAUGCGGGUGCCCGUCGUUGCAACAGAGCUCCAGUUGUCGCACAUGCCGCCGGUUGAUGUACAGGAAGGCGCUGCUGCUCCGAAAUCGGAAGUGCACCGCUCGUGCGUCGUCGUCCUCGCACCCAGCACAGACCUCGUCCUGCCAAACAGAGAGAUGAGCUUUGAGCCUACUGCAGCCUUUAUGCUCGUGGGCGAGGUGACAGCUCCAGCCGCUGUGGCCGCCGACAACGAAACCCCGCUACAAGAACGCGCCAACCAGCUAGAGCAUGCAGCGCUCUUGAUGAAUGCUCCUGUGUUGCCUCGUACAGCAGGCGUCGACCCCUUGUUUGAAAUGGACCUUUAG